AGUGCGAGGAAUCAAUCCAUCCCCUCCGUCCGCCGGCGUGACGCGAUGCGAACAGCGGCAGCGCCAGAUCCGUUGCUCCUCCACACAAACGCCUCCGCCUCCGCCUCUUCUUCUUCCCUCUCUCAGUCUCAAUCUCAGCCGCCAGAGGACCACGCCGCCGACUCGUCGGACCGCGCCUCCCCCUCCCGUAACGCCUCCUCCAAGUACGACUUCGUCAAGGUCAAGGUCUGGCUCGGCGAGAAUGCCGAUCACUACUACGUCCUCUCCAGGUUCCUCCUCUGCAGGAUGCUCACCGUCACCAAGGUGAUACCCAAUCAUGUUGCCAUUAAGAUUGCCCUCGAACUCAAGAAACUGCUUGUCGACAACAGCCUACUUGAUGUUUCUCAGAGUGACUUAGAGGCUAACCUAUUCAAGCUGAUGGAGAAGCGGGGAUAUGGCGAGGAUUAUAUUAACCGGUACAAAAUGAUGACAAGAUUCCAUCAUCAAAGAGUACCACUAGUAGUUUUAGUGUGUGGAACUGCUUGUACAGGAAAAUCAACAAUCGCUACACAACUAGCUGGAAGGCUGAAUUUACCAAAUGUUUUGCAGACAGACAUGGUGUAUGAGUUGCUACGGACAUCAACAGAUGCCCCGCUUACUUCAGUGCCUGUGUGGGCUCGGGAUUUCGAUUCUCCUGAAGAGCUUAUCACAGAAUUCUGCAGAGAAUGCAGAGUUGUUCGCAAAGGUUUGGCUGGUGAUUUGAAGAAGGCCAUGAAAGAUGGGAAGCCAAUUAUCAUUGAGGGAAUACAUUUGGAUCCAAGUAUAUAUUUGAUGGACGAGGAAAAGAGGGAUGAUAAUUCCAAAAUGGAGAAAAGGGUAGCUGAAUCUGAAAAUUCAUCAGCAUCUGUAGAGAGCAAGACAGAAAGGCAACAUGAAAAUGAACUACACGAGAAGAAAAUGGAUGUUACAAAGGAAGACCCUUCUAAUAGUCAGGAGUGCAUGUCUGAGGAGGGCAGAAUAAGUGAAGGGCUAUCUUGUGCUAAAAGCCACGAAAUUAUCUCUUCUGAUUCUGCAUAUUCUACAGAGAAAAAUCUCAGAGCUGAAGGUGAAGGCCAUAAGGAUUUGGACCUACAGAAAAACAACGCCACUAAGAAGGACAAACCUGCCACUGAACCAAUAGUAGUCCCAAUUGUGUUGAGGAUGUCUGAUUUUGAUCACAAGGCAUUGUUAGAAGAAUGGAUAGCCACCAGGGCUUCCAGGGAUAAUUGCCUUCCUCAGGAUCAUCGGAAGCUCAUAAAAAACCUUAAGCUUAUUCAGGACUACCUAUGUUCUUUUGAGUCACAGGGAUUGACUGUUGUUGACAUUUCAGCAAACUCAUUCCCUCAAACACUAGACUGGCUUCAUAGCUAUCUUCUUCAAUGCAUCGAACGUGGUCUUUUGGCUGCAUGUUCAGAAAGUUCCAAGCAAGGUGGGAGCUAACGGAUACAGUUGUGCAAAGAUGAGAUGAUGCGUAUGGACCAUCUAGGCUUGCUUAACAUGGUGCUUGCAAAAUUGUGUUUUUGAGUUGAAAGUGCUUGUCCGCCGUAAUUAGAACAUAUAAUAAGUUACUUGUGGGUUGCGGCCCGCCAUAAUUAGAACAAACAUAUAAUAAGCCUUAAGCUGCUAGGGCCUCAGUAGGUUCGUUGGCAAUGUAAAUGUUACUCAUCAGUAGUUGUUCGAGACCCCCCAAAAAAGAAAAAAAAAUAAGACUGUAAUAUCAAAUGAUAACGGUGGUUCAGCCCGACGAUCGAAGGCGACAAAAAGUUUGCGAAUAAAGCAGAAACUCAGAUUGGCCUUGACCCAACAA